AUAAAAUAAAAUAUUUAAAAAUUAAAAAAAAAACUAAUUUAAAAUUUUUCGGUCCGUUAAAUAAUAUGCUAAAAGGAAAAAACUGAAUCGAGGUCGAUGUGAUAUUUAAGUGAAAUAGCCAUCGAUAAUAACAUUUGAAAAACCAGUCACCGUUUAUUAUGUCAAAUAAAAGUAAAUCAAAUUUAAAUUUUAUUUUCUCAUAUUUUUCGGACAAAAACGGAGCAAUAUCAGAUGUAAAAUUUGCAGUAAAAUAAAAUAUAUCUGAAAAAUAAAAGAAAAUCAACGUUCGGGUUUCCAUCUCUCUCGCACCAUAUCGUAAGUAAAACGUAUGUGCGAGCGUAACAACUGUCUUAUUAUACCAGUAUACCAGCAACGAACGGGUGCAAAUGUCAAGAAAAAAUUUAUAGUAAUCAACAAAUACAAUUUCAAGCAUUGAAUUCUCAAACCCACCAAAAUAGAAGUGAAGAAGAGAAUACAAAACACCAAAAUGAUGCAACUUCAAGAACAGCAAUAUCAAUCCCAUAAUAUGCCAUUAUAUUACCCUAACAGCAUGUGUCAUACAAAUUCUGUGAAUUCUGUGAAAAGCACUGAAUCCCAAACUUCAAGUUUUCUAUCAGAUAGUGCCUCAACCUCCAAUUCAUCAAUUAGUACAACAAAUUCAUCUAAAAGUACACCCACUCUUGGCGUAAACCUGCGUGUUACCGGUCAGUGUAGCCAAGGUGGACGGAAGUAUAUGGAAGACUACUUUUCAGUUGCAUACCAACAGUCCGAUAAUGCAAAAGACUUAGAGUAUGCAUUUAUAGGAAUUUAUGAUGGGCAUGGUGGUGCCGAGGCAGCUGCAUUUGCUAAACAACAUUUGAUGAUGGAAAUCAUAAAUCAAAAACUUUUUUGGUCGGAUUCUGAUCAAGAUGUAUUACGUGCUAUCCGUGAGGGCUACGUUGCUACACAUUAUGCAAUGUGGCGAGAACAAGAAAAAUGGCCAAAAACUGCAAACGGCUUACCCAGCACAGCUGGUACUACAGCUACAAUUGCAUUUAUACGCCGAGAGAAAAUAUAUAUUGGUCAUGUCGGCGAUUCUGCAAUUGUACUGGGGUACCAGAAUGAAAAUGAAAAUUUUUGGAGAGCCAAACAAUUAACUACAGAUCACAAACCAGAAUCACAAGCGGAACGUACACGUAUCAAUCGAUCUGGUGGUAAAGUCAUUGUAAAAUCUGGGGUACCUCGAGUUGUUUGGAAUCGACCACGAAAUGCAAUGCAUAAAGGACCGAUACGUCGUAAUACACCCGUUGAUGAAAUUCCAUUUUUGGCAGUGGCUCGUAGUUUGGGUGACCUUUGGAGUUAUAAUUCAGCACGUAAUGAGUUUAUUGUAAGUCCAGAUCCGGAUGUGUCUGUAAUUAGAAUUGAUCCAAAGUCUUUUAGAUGUUUAAUAUUUGGUACUGAUGGUCUGUGGAAUGUCGUUACCGCAAAAGAUGCAGUGGACACAGUUUAUGCUAAAGAACGUAUCAAUCAAAAACUGAAAUUACAAAUGAAUUCAGCCGAAGACGUACAAUGGACAAAUCCUAGUAAGAGUCUAGUGGAGAAAGCAUUAAGAACUUGGUCUUCGAAGAAAAUGCGUGCUGAUAAUACUUCAGUCGUAACAGUAUUACUUUAUCCUGCUAGUAAUUCAGAAAUUAUUGAACCAAAUAGUGUACCCAGUAGCUAUGGCACAGAAUAUACUGAAUUAGAUGCAGAAAUACCUUCCUUUGAUGAUACAACUACGUUCCAUGAAAUAUCGGAGAAGUACUUACCUCCUGAAGAAUAUCGUAAUUUCAAUUAUUACGAUGAUGAAGAGGAUUUGAAAUCAAUUGAAGAAAACUUUAAGCCUGAUCCAAUGGUAUUUAAAUAUAAUCGCCCAGAUUUAAUAAAUUGGCGAAACACUUAUAAUAAAAUCGAAGAAACAAAAUGUUAUGCCGAUGAUAAUAACUCAUGGCAGUGGUAUGCUGAUUCUAAUAAGAAAUACGAUAACCAUGUUAAGAAUUGUAAUAAUCCAAAUAAUGCAUAUGAGGAUCACGAAGACAUGAACAGUGAUGAUAUGAUUGAAAAUGAAAUUUCCGUUUCAGAUUAUCCAAGAUAUAUUGCUGAUACUUCAAAUUCUAUACGUUCAAAUAUUUCAGCAGAAGCACACGAAACAAAUGGUUAUAUGAAUAGUUUUGCCGAGUCUUACAAUUCUCUUCUUUCAGAUCAAAUAACUGAAGAUGCAAAUACAUCUAAUUCAAAUGCUUCAUACCAAAGUGUAACAGGUACAAAUAUGAAUGAUAUACUACAAGAACAACAGUUAUAUCAACAGCAAUGUAUGUCUGAUGAAGAUGGUUACAGUUUGACAAAAUUGGAGACUCGUGGAGAACAGCAGCGUAGCGGUGAUGUACAAACCUUCAAAAUAUUUCAACAGCAUAAUGCUGCUUUAAAUUCAAAUAAUUAUGAACAGCAGCCAGCACAGGAAACGAAUGAAGAAACUAGUUAUUGGGAUAUGCGAUAUCAAUCGCUACCCAAUAAUGUCAACCGCUACAGUAUGUAUCCACAACAGACACAACAACAGAAGCUUUUAGAACUAAAUUCUGUUUUGCAACAGGAGCGUGAAGAGGAGCAGCAAGUAGCUUUAGAACGUAUGCAGCUCCAACGUAAAAUGGAUAACUCUUCAUUGUCUUCAAAUUCUAAUAGUUAUCACUGUUUACAGCCUGUUUCGCCGGAAGAAACUUUAGAAGAUUCCCUGUUCGAGGAAUAUCUAGAGGACGAUCAUGAGGAUAGUGUGCAAAUUAAUGAAAUAACUUCCAGUAUAGACAUUUCAGACGAUGAAGUAAACUCAAGGAAAGACGUAGAAGCGCUGUUAGAAAUGUCAAAUGAAAAAACAUUUAAUGCCGAUUUAAUGUAUCCUAUCUUCGAGAAGCUUGAAAAAAUUGAAAUACUGUGCAAAAAGCCUGAUGUGAUAACUGAAGCAACUUACAAACAUAUGACGCACAAAAAUACUCACCUAUCAUCUAACAAACCACGCGAUACUUACAACACAACUAUUAAACCACUUUUACCAACACAUUACAGAAAUGUACCGAAUGAAAAUCAAAACUUGAGCAUUACAGCAUCCACACAUCCACUUCAUAAGACUAAAAGAUAUGUACAUUCGGCGCCCGUAAAGCCUGAGCCAGUUUCGUCAACACCAGAAAAACGCCAAUUACGCAGUAGUGGUAUUCGAGAUUAUUGUAAACGUACCUUACGUACACGUAACUCACUCACAAAGGAUAUGAAAGCGAAGCCCACGGUAUCAACAUCUAUAAAACGUAAUUUAGGCAAUACGACACCAUAUGUUCGUAGCACCGCAGCGAACAUGCAAGAAAAUGCCAAAAAUUUAAAUGACCGCCACCAUCCUGUUAAGCCAUCCACAAGCAAACCUUCAAUUCAUUACACUCACAGCCCACAAUUUAUAAACAAUUGCAGUACAACUAAGGGAAGGAAACCAGAUGCAAAUAAGCACUCAAUGCUAACAGCAUCAGCAGUAAAUGCAGCCAUGUCACAUGUGAUAAACUUACGUUCCCGUGUCAUCAACCAAAUCGUUGGAAACACAAUGAUGUCGCCAAAUGCUGGCUUUAGUUCAACACCAUCGCCGCGACAUGAGCAACGCAAUUUGCGCAGCUUGAACACCAGAAAUUCCACCCGAGAAAGCAGCAACUCAAGCACAACAAACUACAGCAAGUCCUCUCGUAUGCAAUCAACAUUGAAUGCCCUUGCUUCAACACCGCCAACACCCAAAUUGAUCAAUGCAACUACUGUGGUAUUAGCGGCGACUCGGGCGCGAUCCAUGCUCUCGCAGAAGAAUGCCACGGUUUCAAAUGUCUUCACGAAACGUUCCUCUUUGCGUAGCAGUACUGGAAGUUCUACCAGCUUGAAUGGCGGUAAUAACCAAUACUUGGUGACGCGAAGCCGUGCAGCUAGAAAACUCAAACGUUGAACGCAAUCCAAAAUUCAUAUUAUUAUAACCAAAUUAGUUCGCUUAAAUAGUCUUUAACUUUUUUGUAAAAGCAACAACAAAUAAACGUAAUGCUGCAUGCAACAACAAUGCUGUGAUUGCACACAAUAUUACGUUUAUUCGUAUUGUUUCGUUUAAAAUUUAUUUAAAGAUAUAUUUUAAAGAAAAUUAUAAAUAGACAAAUAUGAACUCAUUAGUACAAAAUUGCCUAAAAUAUGAAAUAAAUUUUAAUAAGUAUAAUAUAUUUUAAAUUUUUCUUUAGAAGCAACUGUUACAUAAACUACAUGCAUACAUGAAGAAUAGGUGUAUAGAGAUGAUCCAUAGAUACAUGUGAUCACGUGCAAUGUAUAAAAUAUAUAGAAAUAUAUGUAUUUAAGAACUUAGUUGUAAGUACAUGUUAGUAAAUAGUUUGUACAAUAUAUUAAGUAAUUAGUUAUAGGUUUAGUAUAUGCUA